UCCCGCGAUGCUGGGUCGGGCUCUUCCCGCUUUCCGUCGUUCAGGGCUUCCGGUUUGGGCUGCCGCGGGACGGGGACUUGCCAUGCCCCGGAAGGGGAAAGCACAGACUAAAGACUUAGUAAAGCCUUCUGUUCCUCCAGUUCCUGUGGCAACUGAUAAAAGUGGCUCUGUUAUUAUCUCUGUUCAUGCCAAACCAGGAUCUAAACAAAAUGCUGUAACAGAUCUGACCAAUGAUGCGGUAAGCGUGGCCAUUGCUGCACCUCCAUCUGAAGGGGAAGCCAACACGGAGCUCUGUCGCUACCUCUCUAAAGUCCUUGAAGUCAAGAAAAGUGAUGUGGUGUUGGAGAAGGGGAGUAAAUCUCGAGAAAAAGUAGUGAAAAUUUUGGCACCACUGACUCCAGAGGACGUUUUAGAGAAGCUGAGAAAAGAGAUCUCCAGCUGAAGCUACAUAUGACCAAUGUCUUAACAAGUUGUUUCUCCAGAUGCAAAGAAUGACUACAUUUAGGUACAUGACAGCUCAUAAAUACAAGUGGUGGAAAACCCAACUGUGAGUGUAUGGACAGCUAUAAAGCUUAAUUUAAGAUAUAGAAAAAGGUGUGAUUAUUUUAGCAUCAUAAUACAAGGUGCAGUGAUAUCUGAGAGAACCUCACUGGGACCCAAAGAUGACGUUCAUCAGUCCCUCUAGAAUCGUGGCUCAACUUGGAUCAGCGUUUGACCUUUUUCAAUUAGGUUCUUUUGGAGUAUGUUUGUUUAGCUAGUCUGGAAGGCAGUAGUCAUUUUCACUGUAUCAAAGGUGCUGUAAGAAAGGCAUCAUUUAGCCGUGAUACAUAUUUCAUCUAUCUUUGGUGAACAGGAUUUGCAGGUUAUUGUCAAUGUCUGUAACCAGAGAUAAUUGUAGGUUAAUAAGAAAUGCAGGGCACCAUUUUUCACCUUGAGAAAGUAUUGUUGGUCUUGGUGUUUGGACAAUAUUUGAAAAUUCUGUUUUGAUUUUAUGUUUGGAUCAGUGUUUUUGUUUUCUACACCAUUCCUGUACCAAGUUCUGAGCUUCGUAUUCUUUGAUACAGGAAAUGCAUCUAAGUUUUAUAUUUGCAUUUGAUAGGCUGUCGGUCCCUUAUUUGGUCCCAUCACAUGGAAGAAACAAUAGUGU